AUGAUAUUUGCAACGAGGGACGAGGUUAAAAGAGCAAUACAAUCUCAUGCAAUUGCAGAAAGAAGAAGUGUGGCUUUUACAAAGAUUGAGAAGCGCCGGUUGUAUGCGAGGUGCAAAGAACCAAAUUGUGAGUCGAAAAUCAACGCAGUGAAGAUGAAGGAUGACACUGCUUUCCAACGCGAGGUACGAGGUUUUAGGAAGGAGAUAAUGAGAGAAUUAAACGUGAGUGUGUCUAAAGAUCAGGCCUAUAGGGCAAAGAGGCGUGCUUUGGAAAGGAUAAGUGGAGAUCCUGUUUACCAAUACAGUCGUUUUUGGGAUUACGUACAUGAGUUAAGAAAGAGUAAUCCAGGGACCACAGUUGUGUUAGGUGUUGAGACUGAUGAUGAAGAAUCUGUUUUUGACCGUAUUUAUGUGUGCUAUGGAGCUUUAAAAGAAGGAUUUAGUGUUGGUUGCAGACCCAUAAUUGGUGUGGAUGGAUGCCACUUGAAGGGUAUUUACGCUGGUGUCUUACUUACCGCUGUUGGAAUUGAUCCGAAUAAUAAUCUGUUCUCAAUUGCCUUUGCAGUGGUUAGUAGAGAGAAUGGUGAAACAUGGAGAUGGUUCUUGACUUUGUUGAAGAAAGAUUUAAGGAUCGGGGGUGACAAACAGGUUACAUUCAUGUCUGAUAAGCAAAAAGGGCUGAUACAGGCGUUCGAUGUUGUAUUCCCAUGA